AUGACCCCGUCAUCGAGCGACCCAACUGUUCUCAACAACACACUCCACUUCGAUACCCCAACGCAUACCUUCGAUAUCAAAUGGACGUCGCUGGGCGCUACAACAUCACCACCGCUUAUCUUCAUCCACGGUACUCCCUGGACUUCCCGCGUCUGGGCGCCCUUCGCCCUAGCUGUAUCACGCAAAUACCGCGUCUACCUCUUCGAUAACCCUGGCUUCGGAGAUUCGCCCAUUGAAAAACUUGUUCCCAAUGCCUUCUUCAUUCCAAAGAACGAAGUCGAAAGACUAGACAGCAAUCUCGCUCGCCAAACCUCAGCCUUCGCCGCCCUCUUCAAGCACUGGGAGAAAGUCGAGAAAUGGAAGGCAGCGCCACACGUCGUCGCACACGAUCACGGCGGACUAAUGAGCCUGCGUGCCAAUCUACUACAUGACUGUCGCUACUCAAGUCUUUGCCUAAUCGACGUCGUCGCCAUCGGCCCCUUCGGCCAACCGCUAUUUAAAAGCGUCGCAGAGAACCCCACGGCUUUCGAAAACCUACCCGACAUGGCUUUCGAAGGGAUUCUGGAAUCGUACAUCCGCAACGCUGCGCAUACUACGUUGGACACUAGAACGAUGAGUAUGCUCAAAGCGCCCUGGCUCGCAGAAGGUGGCAAGAAAGGUUUCGUGCGCCAGCUGUGUCAGGCUGCGCAUCGGAGUACAAAGGAGGUGGAGGGGCGGUAUGCAGAGGUGGGGAGAAAUUUUCCUGUGAAGGUCGUUUGGGGAAUGCAGGAUAAUUGGAUUCCGGUGCAGGAUGCGCAUAGGCUGGGGAAGGCGCUAGGUGCCAAAGAAGUGGUGGAAAUUGAGGGAGCGGGGCAUUUGAUUAUGUAUGAUCAGCCAGGUCAGUUGGGUGUUGAGCUUGGUAUGUGGUUAGCCUCCGUGGGCGUGUGAUUAGUAUCUACAAUACGACGAAUCCGUAACUUUGCAUUCGUACAAUAAG